AUGCAGGAUGGACCAGAUCCUCUUGUCUUUACAAGUGGUCAUUGGCUUCAUAGAGAUGCGCAGCAGCGUGAUGCACGGACGUUAGACUUCGAUUUCAACGCGCUCUGCAAGAAAGUUGUCGAGUUAUGCCCCGGGUCUCGUCAGGUUGAGACCUUUGAAAAAGCUGAAAGUGGCUUCAACAGGGUUUUCCUUUUUCUGAUGGACAACGGAACAGGUAUCGUUGCUCGUAUACCAUUCCGCAUAGCUGGCCCGGCAGGACUCACGACCAAUUCCGAGGUUGCAACUAUGGCGUACAUGCGCAAACAUACAAACAUUCCGGUACCUGAGGUCUUAGACUGGAGUGACUCAAACACGAAUGUCAUUGGUGUUGAGUAUAUCAUCAUGAAAUACGUACCUGGUGUUCAGUUGCGCGUGAAAUGGAGUGAAAUGACCCCACUUCAGCAUCGCCGAUGUGUGAGCUCCCUUUCGAAAAUGAUGAAGUCUAUGAGUGCUCUUUCUUUCUCGGGAUAUGGGAGCAUUUACUUCGCCGAUGCAGCCAUUGAUCAUACCUUAAAAAUCCCGCUUGGCGAAUUUUGCCUUGGACCGGUGACUUCAAAGGAUUACUGGAAUUGCAUUCCCUGGGAGCCUCGAUACUAUGAGAAUCAAAAGCAAAAGCAAGGGCCUUGGAGAUCAUUGGACCAGUACCUCGAUGGACUGCUUGACCAGGGGCUCUCUCGGAUUCCAAGCUCAAACAAAGCACCAAAGAUUGAGCCACUGUACUGUGGAACAGUUCAAGAACACCACCGCUUACUAGAUAUCAGCAAGGCUGUCUUGAAGACUUUAGGAGAUAGUCCGUUACUUCAAGCUAUAGCCACACCGACUCUGUUACAUCCUGAUCUUUACCAACGCAAUAUUUUCGUCUCAGAGGACGAUCCUACUAUCAUCACGUCAAUAAUUGACUGGCAAUCUACUUGCGUUGAGCCAGCAUUUGUCGUUGCAAUUGACACUCCUGAUCUAGUGAACAGAAACUCUGUUCCAGAAUCAAUUCGUGCUAUCACUGACCAAGAUGAUACGGCUGAGGAUCCGGAGGAAGAUCCAAAGGCGAUCGAGGAACGGAAAAGGCCGAAGCAGAUGAAUGUUCCCACACUUUCAAAAGCUAGAAAUGCAGAUCAGAAUCUUCUACGGCCGUUGAGAUACUGUGGCACAUCUUGGAGGGAUGGCGCCGCAGCAACGCGUCAAGAGUUGAUCGAGCUUUCAAAGAAAUGGACAGAGAUUGGCUUGCCUGGUGCGUGUCCGUACCAGCCUUCAGCCAAGGAGCUCGAGGAACACACCUUAGGAUAUGAUCAGUUUGAAAUGAAGCAGGGCCUCAAGGAUCUGCUGAUCGAAAUGCAUGACACCAAUGGCGAGGGAUGGAUUCAUUCUGAUGACUGGCAGGCUGCAAAGGAGGCGCAUCGAGAGAUAUACGAAUGGUGGGUGAAUGAUGCAGAGCAAAGUGAGGAACCAGGCAUAAGUGGGGAGCCCAUAAACAAGUGUGGCCAUUCGAUAUCGAGAAUGAGGGGGUUAAGUCCUAGUACAGUUGAGAGCCUGAUCAACAGAGUACGAGCUGAGAAACUAAUUUGUAAUAUUAAAUCUCAAAAUUUGGCCUUCUCUCGAUGUCCCAGUAGAGAAAGAAAAACAUAUUUCAAUAUUGCUUGUAUUCAGAAAUGA